CGAUGAGGAACGCACCGCUCCGCCUGCAGCUCGCGUCUCGGGCCGUCUGCACGCUGGUUCAGCCGCCGCUGCCGCUCUGGUACAACGACCACUACCAGGUCUCGCUGCCGUCAACAUCCUCGUUUCCGAUGGAGAAGUACAGGUAUAUCCGCGAGGCGCUGCAGCGGGAGCUCGAGGCCGCCGGCAAGGCCACCUUCCACGAAUCGCCGCUCGCGUCGGUCGAGGACCUCACGACGGUCCACGACGGCGAGUACGUGCGGCGCUACCUGGCCAACGAGCUCUCCCACAAGGAGAACCGGCGGAUCGGCUUCCCGUGGUCGGAGGCUGGCAAGCUACGCGCUCUCUCGUCGACGGGUGGGACCGUGGCGGCGAUGCACGCCGUCUGCCGGCCGGGUGGCGCCCGCUUCGCAGGCCACAUCGCGGGCGGGACGCACCACGCGUUUGCAGACCGGGGCGAGGGGUACUGCGUCUUCAACGACAUCGCCGUCGCCGCGGCGUGCGCGCUCCGGGACUACCCUGCCAUCCGGAGAGUGCUGCUGGUCGACCUGGACGUGCACCAGGUGUGCAGUGCUGCAGCAGACUGCAACGGCUCCCACCGCCCACCGCUGCGUGAAUCCUCUCACUCGGGCGGCGGCACGCUGGCGCAGCGCACCGAAGCGACAGACUUGGCACGCUCCGAAUGAACGAGUUCACUCACUCCCUCGCGGCAGCACACAGCGCGGCAGUCGGCCAGCACCCGCCUGCAGAGCUCGGGCACCCGUCGAGGCACCCGCCCGGACAACGUGCGUCUUCGGUCCUCCGCGGGAAGCCCCGCGCAGAGGGCAACAGCGUCUCUGUCCCACACACGCACAGACGCACACACACAUGGCUCGGGCACGGGGCCCAAGGCCGGUGUGCACUCCGCCAGCACUCGUGUGCUCACACCACUCCACCCGCCCGGAGAAGGCAGGCAAGAGUAGACAAGGCAGACAAGAGCCCACCUCUAGCGGCCCCUUCCCACUGGGUCGGACUCGCGGCGUGCACCUGCAGGGGAACGGCAGCGCGCGCAUCUUCGCCGCCGACGGGCGCGUCAAGACCUACUCUCAGCAUUGCGAGGGCAGAGAUAGCCGAGAGAGAGCCGAGAGAUAGCCGAGGGAUGGCCGAGGGAUAGCCGAGGGAUGGCCGAGGGACAGCAGCACUCGAUCGCGCAAGAGGAGCCGGAGGGGAACGGACAGUCCGACCGCCCCAACCGUACCCGAGCCCCCUCUGAAAAGGGCAACCCUCGACCGCGCGGGAGGAGCUCGAGGCCACUACUCUGACCUCACCGGGCCUCAUCAUCUCACAGGCAACCUCUUCUCGGCACGCGAGGCGUCGGACCUCGACGUGGACGUGCCGGUGGGGGAGGGCGACGACGGCUAUCUCGCGCUGUUGGGCGGGGACGAGCCGAGAUCGCGCCGAGAUCGCGCCGAGAUCGCGCCGAGAUCGCGCCGAGAAGCGCCGAGAUCGCGCCGAGAUACCUCGCGCUGCUGAGCGCGACCGCUUGGCCUGCCCGCCUCGACGCGGCGCGAGAGACGAUUGGCUCAAUGGGCCGAAUCCAUUCCAGCUAGCAGAUCAGAUCAGCGAGCGGAUCAGUGAGCUUCAUCAGCCCGUUCCGCAGGCGAGCACCUGCCAAGGUUCCUCGAGGCGACGCAGCCGGACCUGGUCUUCUUUCAGGGCGGCGUCGACCCGCACCAGGCUGGCGGACCGGAUCGGCCGGCUCGAGCUCAGCACCGCGGGCCUCAAGAAGAGGAACGCACUCCACACACACACAGCACACACACACACACACACACACACGCGCGCGCGCACACACACACACACACACACACCGCUCCCCAACGCGCACUGGGCCUUGAACUGUUGUUGCUGUGGGCUCCUGUCGUCUAGACGCGGAGUCGCGAGGGAACGCACUCGUGUACCGGCUCGUCAGCGGGCUGCAGAGCGCGCCGCGGCUGGUGGUGACCUUGGGAGGAGGCUACCCCCGCAACCUCGAGCCGUCGUCGCCGCCCUUCCACCAGGUGGUGCAGAGCCACAUGGACGUGUACCGCCAGUGCGCCGCGGCGCACGCGAGGCUGUGACCCACUUUGUGGCGCACACGUAGGGCCUCUCGUUGCACCUCAUAAAAGUCAUAUUUUCUCAU